AUGGACACGUUUGACAACUUCCAGUACGACACCGCGUCCUCUUACGGCGGCGCCAUCUCCGUAGUCGACGACAAUUCUUCUGUGUACACCGCCACGACGAGCAACAGGAACGACGCGACGUCCACGCUCGACCUCGACUCGCUCUCCGUCUCUGAUGCGCCCCGCCCUCAGCCUCACCACCACCACCCACCGGCAGAAGCGGCGGACUACGACGUGGGCGUGCUGGAGGAUCUGAAAGACGCGGAUGCGCCGGCGGAGCUGCCCGAGCACGCGUGCGCGUACUGCGGGAUCCACAACCCGCUGAGCGUCGUCAAGUGCUCGGUGUGCAACAAGUGGUUCUGCAACUCGCGCGGCAACACCUCGGCCUCGCACAUCGUCAACCACCUCGUCCGCGCGAAGCACAAGGAGGUCGUCAUGCACCCCGACGGCUUAUUGGGCGAGACCGUGCCCGAGUGCUACAACUGCGGCAGCAAGAACGUCUUCAUGCUCGGCUUUAUCCCCGCAAAGUCCGACACCGUCGUCGUGCUCCUCUGCCGCCAGCCCUGCGCGCAGAUAUCCAAGGAUAUAAGCUGGAACCCGGCGCUCUGGGCCCCGCUCAUUGACGAUCGCUCGUUCCUCUCGUGGCUCGUCAAGCCGCCGAGCGAGACGGAGCAGCUGCGCUCGCGCCAGAUCUCGUUCGCGCAGAUAAACAGGCUCGAGGACAUGUGGCGCGACAACGCCAGCGCGACGCUCGCGGACCUCGACGCGCCGGGCGCGGACGACGAGCCCGCGCCCAUCAUGCUGCGCUACGAGGACGCGUACCAGUACCAGAACGUGUUCGGCCCGCUCGUCAAGAUCGAGGCGGACUACGAUAAGCGGCUGAAGGAGAGCCAGACGCAGACGGAUAUCGCGGUCAGGUGGGAUUUGGGAUUGAAUCAGAAGAGGGUCGCGUGGUUCGCGAUGCCCAAGUUGGAGAGCGGGGAGGUGAGGUUGGCUGUGGGGGAUGAGCUUAGGUUGAGGUAUGCGGGGGAGCUGCAUAAGCCUUGGGAGGGCGUUGGGCAUGUUAUCAAGGUCCCGAACAACGUGAGCGACGAGAUCGGGCUCGAGUUGAGGAGGACUGAGGGCGUGCCGCACGAUGUGACGACCAACUUUGCGGCGGACUUUGUAUGGAAGAGUACGAGCUUCGAUCGGAUGCAGCUCGCGAUGCGGACGUUCGCAGUGGACGAAAAGUCCGUGGCGGCUUACAUCUACCACAAACUCUUAGGCCACGAGCUCGAACCGCAAACUCUCCGCACCCAGAUGCCGAAACGCUUCAGCGCCCCCGGCCUCCCCGAGCUCAACCACUCCCAAAUGUACGCCGUCAAAAGCGUUCUCCAAAAGCCGCUCUCCCUCAUCCAAGGGCCCCCCGGCACGGGCAAAACCGUCACCUCCGCCUCGAUCGUCUACCACCUCGCGAAGAUGAACCCCGGCCAGGUCCUCGUCUGCGCGCCCUCGAACGUCGCCGUCGACCAGCUGACGGAGAAGAUCCACGCGACGGGCAUGAAGGUCGUGCGGCUCACGGCGAAGAGCCGCGAGGCGCUCGACAGCAGCGUCGCGUUUCUGACGCUGCAUCAGCAGGUCGCGCGGAGCACGACGCACGUGGAGCUGCAGAAGCUGAUCAUGCUCAAGAACGAGCAGGGCGAGCUGUCGUCCGCCGACGAGCGCAAGCACAAGGCGCUCGUGCGCGCGGCGGAGCGCGAGAUCUUGGGCGCCGCGGACGUUAUAUGCUGUACGUGCGUCGGCGCGGGCGAUCCGCGGCUCGCGAAGCUCAAGUUCAGGACGGUGCUCAUCGACGAGGCGACGCAGGCUGCCGAGCCGGAGUGUAUGAUCCCGCUCGUGCUGGGGUGUAAACAGGCCGUGCUCGUGGGCGACCAUCAGCAAUUGGGACCCGUCAUCAUGAACAAGAAAGCCGCGCGCGCCGGGCUCACGCAGAGCCUCUUCGAGCGGCUCGUCGUGCUGGGCAACCGGCCGAUCCGGCUGCAGGUGCAGUACCGGAUGCACCCGUGCCUCAGCGAGUUCCCCAGCAACAUGUUCUACGAGGGCACGCUCCAGAACGGCGUCACCGCGCCCGAGCGCCUGCGCAAGAACGUCGACUUCCCCUGGCCGCAGCCCGACACGCCCAUGUUCUUCUACCAGAACCUCGGGCAGGAGGAGAUCUCGUCGUCUGGCACGUCGUUCCUGAACCGCACGGAGGCGUCGAACGUCGAGAAGAUCGUCACGAAGUUCUUCCGCGCGGGCGUUGUCCCCGGACAGAUCGGCGUCGUCACGCCGUACGAGGGCCAAAGGAGCUAUAUUGUGAAUUAUAUGCAGUACAACGGCGCGCUGAAGAAGGAUUUGUAUAAGGAGGUCGAGGUGGCGAGUGUGGACGCGUUCCAGGGGAGGGAGAAGGAUUAUAUUAUACUGAGCUGUGUGCGGAGCAAUGAGCAUCAGGGGAUCGGGUUUUUGAACGAUCCGAGGAGGUUGAAUGUUGCGCUUACGAGGGCGAAGUAUGGGGUGGUCAUUCUGGGUAACCCGAAGGUGCUCUCGAAGCAUCCGCUAUGGCACUACCUCCUCACUCACUACAAAGAACGCGGCGUACUCGUCGAAGGCCCGCUCAACAACCUCCAACCCUCCAUGAUCCAAUUCUCCAAACCCCGCCGCGCACCCGAAAAAGCGCGCCGACACGAGUCUUCGGCGCGCGAGUAUCUCUCGUCGCACGGUGGCGCGCCGAGCGGCGAACCGAACAGGACGUUCGACGCGGGGUUCUUCCGGACGCACGACGCGCUGGGCUAUAUCCCGAGCGAUGUACGGUCACAGGCGACGGCGUACAGCGCGGGUAUACCUCUAUUCGGCGCUGCAGCGCCCUACCGCGGCUCUGCAUACGCGAGCAGCAUCGUCUCGCAAGAACCCGCCCCAUCCUCCGUCGGCUUCGGCACAAGCGCAGCAGGCUCGUCGCGUAUGAUGGGCAUGGGAGGCAUGGGCGGCGGACCAGAGAGCGCUCGCGUCGGAUAUGCGCAGGCGGACAGACUUAGGAGACGCGCUGGCAGCUUUGGGGGGAGCGAGGCGGGCGGCGGGCUCGGGGCGGCUAGUACGGCCGGGACGAGCGCUUGGGAUUAUAAAUCCCAGGACGACGCGGCGGAGCUGGAUGAUGUGCGGAGUCAGUAUGCGAGUACUACGUCGGGCGUUACGACGUACUAG